CUUUGAUCCCUGCAGCUUGCACGUCCCGCAUGCCUCGGCCUGGGGACGGCCUGGGGACGGCAGGUGGGCAGGUGGAGUAACCGUCUGCAUGAUCCCGUCCCCUUUGAGGUCCGUCAGAGAUAAGAUAAGGCGUCAUGACGGCCGUCGGAACGACCUCAUCGAUUGAUACUUACUUGCCCGGUGACUCCCUGCCGCUUACCCACACGUCUGCCUAUACCUCAGCCGAAUCCACCACCUCCACGUGUAUUUGUAGAGCUCGAGUAGGAAGGUUUAUCAGCAAUCCCAUAACUCCGGAUAUCACCCCAAGGCCACCUUCAACCACAAGCCAAAACCUAAAAGGCCCGCUUGAUGUAUUCAUAAGCAGGUCAGCCUAGACCCGCGCAAAGCCGGCCAGCGAUGGACUCUCAGGACGCCAACCCAGAGCUUGAAUCGUUUCGUGAGAAGUGGCGUGCCGAGGUUCGGGCGAGGAACAAAGUGUCAUCCGGCUCACAAGAACAUGCCUCAUCGAGCACAAACACUGCCAACAGCUCGCAACCCGCCGCAUCUAUCCCGCCUCGGCCAGCCCACCUCAGCGCCAGCAGGCCAAAGGUUCUCGAAACCGACGAUGACCAUGUGCAGGUCAGGGUUUUUGGUGACAUAGAGCCACACCCGGCGGCGCGACAAGCUGAGCGAAACGUUGCAGACCCCGUGACCGCUCUUGACCACUACGAGCAUGCUGUCGAAAAGGAAGGCCAGGGGUCACUGGGUGACAGCCUGCGGUUGUAUCGGAAGGCUUUCAGGAUGGAUCAUAAGGUCGAUCAGAAAUACAAGAACAAGCACCAUGCUGCAGCUUGGGCGAAACCAGCCCAGGCGAGUAAAUCGGGCCCUCCUGUGGUCCGAGAUGCGCCACAGCCUCCCGCGGAGGAUAAUUCAUCUAAGGGUGGUCAGUCCUCUGCCGAGAGUAAGCCUCUAACAGCAGCGGAACUCGUCGCAAGCUUUGCCGGCUUGUCCAUUGAGCCCGCUCAGCCGUAUAUCAAAGGCAUGCCGCAGCCGCCCUGCCCUAUCGCUGAACUUCCGGAAGAGAUCCUCAUCCACAUUCUGCAAGAACUCGCGGUGGAAGAUGUUGGUGAUUAUGUGCGGCUCUCACGGGUGUGCAAGCGAUUCGCCUGGCUGGUCGCCACCGAGGACAGCAUAUGGAAGCGGAUAUGCCUUGGCCCGAAGUUCGGCUUCACGGGGAUGCAUUAUGAAUUUCGGACGAGUGUGAGCUGGCAAUCUCUUGCCGAAGAGCACACCCUCCUGGAGGAUCCAGCGGAGGCGGGCCGUCGCCGCGAGGAAGAGGCCCAGGCCACUACUGUUUCUCUACUCAAAACUACCUACCGCACAUGGCAGCGCAUGUUCCGACGACGGCCACGGGUACGCUUUAACGGGUGCUACAUUUCGACCAUCAACUACAUCAGGGCGGGACAGCAGACCAAUUCCCUAGCAUGGAAUUCCCCCGUACAUAUAGUCACGUACUAUCGGUACCUGAGGCUCUUCAGGGACGGCACGGCCAUCACGCUGUGCACGGUCGAGGAGCCAUCAAAUGUGGUGCACCACAUGACCAAGGAGGCCCUGGCACUGCACAAGAAGGGCGCGAUGGCCCACCUGCCGAGCAGCACAAUGCAGCACGCCCUGAGGGCAAGGUGGAGGCUAAGCUCGGCGGUAGACUUUGUUGACGAAGACAAGGACGUGAGCCUGGCAGACACGGAGGGCAACUUGUUCAUCGAGUCCGACGGCGGGGGCAACUACCUGUACAGGAUGGAGCUGGCGCUCCGCACGGCGGGCAAGACCGGGAGCAACAACAAGCUCGCUUGGCGUGGGUUUUACAGCUACAACAAGAGUGCGGAGGAGUGGGACGAGUUCACGCUCAAGGAUAUCAAGCCCUUCUUUUUCAGCAGGGUGAAGAGCUACGGAUUUUCAGAGGCACCGGAUGAUCGACUGGCAUAGAGCACGGCAGACUAGAAUGCCGGGGGCAUACUACAGUAAGUACACCUAACUAGAACCAAGACCUAAGAGCGGGAAGAAUAUACUAGCCCAAAGAGGCACAACGCUCCACUGAGAUAAAUUUGGUAUACUACGACGUAGGAACAUUUGACGAGGCGCAACGAUGGACGAGAUCUGGUUCGGCCAGUCCCGGGAAAUGGGGCACGGGUACGGCAUGGGUGCCUCGUUCAUCCGACGUCUGGCAGCUCCGCUAGGCAGGUCAAGCAUGAAGUCGUGGUUUCAGAUUAAUGCCACCUACUCAGCGCCCGGUCAGAGCGGGAGGGGAGGGAGCCACCUCGCCUGACCCACGAAAGGGAGCAGCAAACCGACAUUCGCGGACGGUCUGCAAAGCAUAUUGUGUAUGCCAUGGGGUUUGGCGGC